GCGUGUUUUCAUCUUGCGGAUGGGUUCGAGUGGGCGGGAUUGCCACAUAGCCACGCCCUCUACAUAUCGACCAAUUAAACUAGAUGAAAUCAGCUCGGGUUUCCAAUUAAGACAAGCGGCGGGGGCGCGCGAGUGCGCGCGCGUGGGCACGUCUGCGGGACUGCACGCCGCUUUGAGAGACGGAAAGAAGGUGAACUCGAGGAACGUGAAUGUGAGUGACCGGUGGGAUAGAGCGCAGACAGCGCGUGCAUGCGUUUAUAUCCGCAUCGUUACGAUUUAUGAAGGGCAGUAAUCUGGAGGAUUUGGGACGGAAAUGCUGCAUUGAUUCAGAACACCGGCUCUUGUUAUAGGGCUUGCAUGUACCAAGAGAGAGACAGAGACAGAGAGAGAGAGAGAUAGAGAGAGAGAGAGAGAGAGAGAGAGAGAGAACGCCGCAUAUGAAAUGAAAUGAGGAUCGAAUUGGAGCAGAGAGACAAAAUGAAGAAGAAAUGCGCCAUCGCGAAGAUCUUCAAAGUUCGGAAGAGGAGGGAGCUGCUGUGCGCGCAGGCGGGUUUGCUGUGCAGCCUGCUGCUAGGGGUUUGGUCCAUGUCCGAGCUCCUCACCCAGGCAGGUUACGGCAUGAUCGUAGAUGGAGGGAUAAACUUUGAUGCCCACUGGGGCAGAAGACUGAUGGCCUUGGCGCAAAUCAACGAGACUGUGGAGAAGAACUGUACUGAGCCAGCCAUACACGAAUUUCCUGAUGACUGUUUCACCAACGCUGAGCGGAAAAGUGGAGCAGUGCUACUGCAUAUCCUAGCGGCUCUGUAUAUGUUCCUGGCACUGGCGAUUGUGUGUGAUGACUACUUUGUGACCUCUCUGGAGAAGAUAUGUGAGAAGUUGGAUCUUAGUGAGGAUGUAGCGGGAGCCACCUUCAUGGCUGCAGGAAGCUCGGCUCCUGAACUCUUCGCAUCCAUUAUAGGUGUGUUCAUUACUCACGGUGAUGUUGGAGUGGGAACCAUUGUCGGCUCUGCUGUAUUCAACAUCCUCUGCAUUAUUGGAGUGUGUGGGAUUUUUGCUGGACAGGUGGUGCUAUUGACAUGGUGGGCCGUGUUUCGGGACUCUCUCUACUACAUCCUGUCUGUUGUGGCACUGAUUGCAUUCAUCUAUGAUGGGAAGAUCGUAUGGUGGGAGAGCUUGGUGCUGGUGGUCAUGUAUACGGGAUACAUUCUGAUCAUGAAAUUUAACUCCACCAUGCAGACUUUUUUCACUGGAAAAGGCAACAAGAAUGUUGCUAACGGGAACGCAGCAAGCGCAAACGAGUUGGAGGACGUCAAACCUAGUAAGGCCUACACUCGAGGUUCAGUGGUCAUGGUGGAUGAGAUCAUCAAUGCCAGUCCUCCAAAUUACCGUUUUCCCGAGGCUGGACUUCGUAUCAUGGUCACCAACCACUUCGGACCCAAAACUCGCCUGCGCAUGGCCAGCCGUCUCAUUAUUACAGAGAGGCAGAAGCUGGUGCAGGGAGCCAACGGCGUUGAGGUGGCAGUGGUGGAUGGAAAGAGCGACAUUGAGAACGGGAACGUACCAGAGGACAAGCCAAGUGAGGAGGAGGAUGGAGAACUGACCUCACCGUUCACUAUACCAAAGGGCUGCAUGAACAAGACCAAAUGGCUGAUCUCAUGGCCUCUGCUGCUUUUGCUCUUCUUCACCAUCCCAAACUGCUCCAGACCUCGGUGGGAGAAAUACUUCAUGCUGUCCUUCAUCCUCUCGACUGUCUGGAUCGCAGUCUUCUCCUACUUUAUGGUGUGGAUGGUUACCAUCAUUGGGUACACUCUCGGCAUUCCCGAUGUUAUUAUGGGCAUCACGUUCCUGGCAGCCGGGACUAGCGUUCCAGAUUGCAUUGCCAGCCUGAUUGUUGCUCGCCAAGGUCUGGGCGACAUGGCUGUGUCUAACAGCAUCGGCAGUAAUGUGUUUGACAUCCUGGUGGGGCUCGGAUUGCCGUGGGCUCUGCAGACAAUGGCCAUCAGCUACGGCUCAGUGGUGAUGAUAAACAGUCGAGGGUUAGUGUACUCCGUCGUGCUGCUGCUCGGCUCCGUCGCUCUCACUAUCUUGGGCAUCCACAUCAACAAGUGGAAGCUGGACUUCAAGCUGGGUGUCUAUGUGCUGGUCCUGUACGCUGUCUUCCUCUGCUUCUCCAUCAUGAUCGAGUACAACGUGUUCACCUUCGUCAACCUGCCCAUGUGUCAGGAGGACCAUUAGAAUCCAUGCAAUCCUCCACAUCUUGCUAAUGUUCACCUCCAUCCUGUUGUCCCCCUUGAUAUUCCUUUCUCAACCCUCAUCCAAACUAUCUCUCUCUCUCUCUGUUUCUGUUCUUUUAAUAGCUGCUGGUCUUCCACUGUAGUGUCAAAACCACCAUUACCUCAAAGUGGACUUAGGAUGUCGUUCUCAAUCUUACAGUAAAUCAUUUUCUCAAUGGCAGCAGUCCACAAAGUGUUUGGUGUUUCUCUGGUGAGCAGGAGCUUGUCUCAACAUAGCAGGUCAAACAAUAA